AGACAAAAAGAAAAGCGUUUUUCGCGUUGCUCGCUACGUUAAUAUAAUAAUAAUAACACGUUAAUACGUUAAUAUAAUACGUUAAUAGGUUACGUCUGUGCUUUACUCGCGGGUGCUGCUUUCGUCGUCAUAGACGGAGAUAUCGCGAGUUUACGACAUCCGUGGCACGGGCCACGGUCCGGGGUCAGUUCGAAACGGAGUAAAAAUUGCCAUCCCGAUUGGUGAGACCUUGUGCGAAGAGUCUCGGCUACCUGGCCUUCCCAGCCUCCGCACCCGUACGUGUCCCCGUGGAUGCGUUCGCUGCCUUCCGGGGCUAGUUUGUGGUGCAGUUGCUGCUGCUGUUCUUACGGUCCAAGUUGCUGGCCAACCGGAGCUCUGCGUAGGUUGCGCGAAAGGGACAACGUAGGCGAAACAGAGCAGGAGAAGGCAUCAACAAACAGCAACAAUGUUCAACAACUACGGAAACGCGAUGACGACGGACCAGUUCCGGAAGGUGGAACAGUACUCGCCCAAGUCGUCACCGCGGGCUGGCGGAGCGGGCGGCCGAUCACCCGUCGUCGCCCGCCAGGAUUCCUCCGGCACGCUCAAAACCACCAUACAGCUGGGCAAAAAUCCUUCGAUACUGCACAGUGGACCAUUUUACUUAAUGAAGGAACCACCAGGCGAAGGCGAACUGACCGGGGCCACGAAUCUGAUGGCCCACUACGGGCUGGAGCAUUCUUAUAGUAAAUUUAGUGGUAAAAAGGUAAAGGAACAGCUAUCAUCAUUUUUGCCGAAUUUACCUGGCGUCAUCGAUGGACCAGGACAUCUGGAUAAUAGCUCCCUACGGAGUGUGAUCGAAAAACCACCGAUCGUGGGCAAAGAACUGCUUCCACUCACCAGCGUACAGCUAGCUGGAUUCCGCCUGCAUCCGGGGCCGCUUCCGGAGCAGUACAAACUGCUGAAAACCACACCAACGAGAAAGCAUAAGAAUAAGCACAAGAAACACAAACACAAGGACGGUGUGGCACCACCUGAGCAGUCCGCGCUGGAAGCGGCCGGGCUCGAUACGCACGAGAAGAAGCACAAAAAGCAGAAAAGACACGAAGACGACAAGGAGCGCAAAAAACGGAAAAAGGAGAAGAAGCGCAAAAAACAGCGCCACAGCCCGGAACAUCCGGGCGGCGGUUCGGCUUCGGUGCCGCCGCAAACGCAGGUCUAUUAGAAAUCAAAUCACCCCAGGCAGACAGGCGCAUGGCGGUGUGAGGAUCGGCCAUACGCCAAAAUUCUGCAUCCGGUCGUAGGUGUUUGGUAAUCAAAAAGCAAAAAACAAAAAAGAAACGCGGAAUGAUCUCCGGCGCACGGUCCGGAGGUGCUGGGAAGCGAGUGACGAAACGUGUAACGUGCAGCUUCCGGUGGUUGCCUUUCUCUCUAGUGGGCCGCAUGCGGGGCCCAAGACAGGUUCUGAAUCAUUCUUCGUCACUAGCGCGUCCUUCGUAGGCAAUUCUCAACAGCUGAGCGUGCAGCACGCAUAAUGCGAAGCACACUGAAAGCAGUGGCCACGCUUCACACCGAUCCCUUCACCACCAUCCACAAGUGCCACAAGAGAAGGAACGGGCGGACCGUUGUAUGCCAACGAAUGGAUUGGUUCCGGGGGGUCGUCCUUCUUCCAGUCCGACCUACCGAUGUCCACCACCGAGGCCCGGUGGGGAUGGAUCAGGUUUCUUCUUGAUAAAGAAAAAUCUCUCACGGGAGAACUAGCGCCGGGUGGUGUACGCGUUAGUAUGCUCUCGAGGUAUGAAUAUAGAUAGUUUAUAGGUUUGUUUUGUUGAAUAUGUUACGAACUUCAGUCCAAAACCUUCCUUGCUGCCCCGUGUGGGGUGGGAAACACUCUCCUCGCCAAAAACUCCAUUCAUUGGGCGGUGACAGUGCUAAGACCACUGCGCCAUGGACCGCUUGAGACCCCCUCCGGUUUCUUCAAACUCAAAACAAUCCUCUGCCCCUGGCACGGCCGCGUUCCAACAUAUAGCAUAUACAAUUUCGUUUGUUUACUGUAAAUUACUCUGUAAGAAGUGCAACAUAAAAAAACCACUAGCUAAUAAGGACCUGUCGGGUGAGUGCGUAUUAGCGCGAAGCGGAUAGCGAAGCGAUGCGAAACGGUUCUGGUCCGUCGUCGGCCCAACGCGGCUCUGGGCCUCUGGGCUCUGAGCCAAUGAACGUGUGUCGCAAGCACAGGACCGCGCUGUGGUUGCAAUAUCAGGUGCCUGGACGGAACUAAAUCAAUCUGUAACUAUGUAUAGCGAGAGAGGGAGAGAGGGUGUGGAAGCCGAAUGAAUACGUAAGAGAAAGCGAAAAGACGAGCCCCACUCCCUGUGCCCCUGGAAGACCCCACCGAACGUUGGUCCAGAGUGGUGGAGGACAACCUGCAGGGCGGGGACCGGAGCCAGAGGAUGGUAUAAAG